AUGGAAGGCCUAAAAGAAGUAGAAGCCGGCAUCAAGAUCGCUAUUAUUGGCGGCGGACCUGCUGGGCUUUCGGCUGCCAUCGAGCUUGCUAGACUACCGUUUGUGGAAUGGACCCUGUACGAGCAGAAACCAAGCAUCAGCGAGAUCGGCACGGGGAUUGCUCUACAACGCAACACAUGGAGACUACUAGAAAAACUUGGAGUAUCGCAGCAUCUCAAGGCAGGGGACUUCUUCAGGCCGAAAGAUGGGCACGACACUCAAUAUAGCUGUGGCUUCGUUGACGAGGUAGAUCUUAUUAUUGGGGCCGAUGGUAUCCGGUCUAUCAUUCGAACAUUUGCAUUCCCCGAAUAUAGUGUCAGCUACUCGGGAAUGACAGCGUAUCGAGCAGUAGUCAGAGAAGCAGACGUCCGACAAAUCAAUGGCCUCUCAAAGGCUAUCAUAUUCUGGUACGGGACCAAUGGCAAGUGGAUUUAUACAAGUCCACUUGAAAACGGCGAUUGGGAGAUUACUUGCAGGAUUCGAGAGCCCGACGACAAUGAUCGGACGAGUUGGGGCAAAGAGGUUAAUGUGGCAAAAUUUGUUGAGAGCUUCCACGAGUACUGCGAGCCGAUUCAACAGCUGUUAUCAUUAGUGACUCGGGUGAAGCGGUUCGACUACUUCGGCGGGCCGCGAUUACAGACCGUGAUCAAUCAGAGUUCCGUGGCUCUAAUUGGUGAUGCGUCUCAUCCACUCUCUGGGGCUUUUGGUGCCGGUGCUGCUUUCGCUAUUGAGGAUGCUCAUGUGUUGGCAGGAGCCCUUCGUUGGGCAGCUUCUUCAUCUCACUCUCUGACGGAAGCCUUGCAGCUCUUCGACAAGGUGCGGUCAUUUCAUUACGGGAAACUGUACGAAACGUUAGAUGAGAUUGCUUCAGCUCAUCAGAAGACCUUUCGCCUCUCCGCGUCGACAGAAGAAGAGAUUGCCGGCCAAAUUGAAAACGUUUCAUUGCCGAAACACGCCUGGAUGUAUUAUCACGAGGCUGAUCAAGCCCUACAAGAUGCCAUUGCAGAAUCUCGCAUUAUACCACCUCUACGACAGAAGUUGUAG